AUGGCAUAUCCAAGACUGAAGAUGAUCAAGAUGAAGAAGAGAAUGGCAUUACGUAGAAAGCUUCUUAUUUUGAGAAAUCUUACAAACUCCAAAUCUGUUAAAAAGAGUUCCAUUAUUAUGGACGCUUUUAUCCACAUCAACAAUCUGAAGCUCAAGCUCGAAGCUAUGAAAAGGGAUUUAAUGGCGCAACAACAUUUACAUGAAGAAGUGAAGGUGGAAAAGAUCAAUGGGAAUGAUGAUGAUCAGGAAUUCGCAAUAAGAGUAGUGAUCAUGAAAUCAGGAAAACAUAAUAUCAUGGUUUCAAUUUUGGAAGGGUUUGAAGAAAUUGGUGUGAAUGUUAUACAAGCCAAGGUUUCAUGCACAAACAACAAUUUCUUUCAUAUGGAAGCCAUUGUUAAAGCUCAAAGCUCUCUGCAGGUUGUUCUUCAUGUUAAGGAUAUCACCCAAGCUAUUCAUUCUGCAAUUACCAAAACCAUGCAACCUGUAGAUCAUCAUCAUGUUUAA